GUUGUUUUGAAAAAAAAAAAAAAAAAAAAACAUCUUUUUUCAAGUUUUGAAGUUUUUUCCUUUUUUCUUAUAAUGCGUCACCUUUUUUGUUUUCCUAACUUAGUUGAUAUUUGUUGUGCUCCUCCAUCCACUGGCAAUCAACCUAUCGUGCAAAAAAAAAAAAAAAAAAAAAAAAAAACACUGCAACCACACCAGUUCAUGGGCAAGUUCUUUGCCGGCCUUGCUCAGUGCGGCGCUUGGGCAUGCUUGGACGAGUUCAACCGUAUCGACAUCGAGGUGUUGUCCGUCAUCGCUCAGCAGCUGCUUACCAUUCAACAUGCCUUGAGGGCUGGCAUGCCUCGCUUCUUCUUUGAGGGUCGUGAGAUCAAGCUGGUUCCCACCUGUGGUGUGUUCAUCACCAUGAACCCUGGCUAUGCUGGACGUACGGAGCUGCCAGACAACCUUAAGGUCCUUUUCCGUCCAGUCUCCAUGAUGAUCCCCGACUAUGCUCUGGUUGCAGAGGUAAUGCUCUUCUCCGAGGGCUUCACAAACGCCCGCAGCUUGUCUCGCAAAAUGGUGAAACUCUACAAGCUAGCCAGUGAACAGUUGUCACAGCAAGACCACUACGACUUUGGAAUGCGAGCAGUGAAGUCAGUCCUGGUGAUGGCGGGCGCGUUGAAGAGAGCAUCUCCGAAUCUGAAUGAGGAUGUGGUCUUGAUUCGUGCCAUGAAGGACAGCAAUGUGCCCAAGUUCCUGGCCGAGGACGUGCUCCUCUUCCUAGGCAUCAUAGCCGACCUGUUCCCGGGCAUUACACUGCCAGAGCAAGACUACGGUGAGCUGCAGAGUGCGGUGGAGGACAGCAUUGACUCAGGCGGUCUGCAACGGGUUCCCGCAUUUAUCCUUAAGGUUAUCCAGUUGUACGAAACGAUGAACGUAAGGUUCGGAGUAAUGGCCGUAGGACCCACAGGGGGGGGUAAGACCACCUGUUACCGGACCCUUCAGGCCGCUCAGACCCUCCUUCGGCUAAGGGGCCACCCGAGCCCCACCUUCCAGGCCACCUACACCUACGUGCUAAACCCGAAAUGCAUCAAUAUUGGCAAACUUUAUGGAGAGUACGACUUGUUGACCGGGGAGUGGACGGACGGACUAGCCAGCUCCAUCAUUCGCCAGUGUGCUUCAGAGACCAGCUUGGCGCGCAAGUGGGUGGUCUUCGAUGGCCCCGUGGACGCUAUCUGGAUAGAGAGCAUGAACACGGUUCUGGAUGACAACUGCAUGCUCUGCUUGCCCAAUGGAGAGAGGAUAAAGCUUAAUUCGGUAACAAUGAGGAUGCUGUUCGAAGUACAAGAUCUAGCGGUGGCAUCUCCUGCCACAGUCAGCCGGUGUGGCAUGGUGUAUGUACCCCCCGAAGAUCUGGGAUGGAGGCCCUUAGUCAGAUCAUGGCUCCAACGACUAGGAGGGGGUGGGGGGGGUGUCACCACCCCUCGUUCUCGGGAGGCUAGGGCACAGCAGCAGCAGCAACAACAAUCUGGAGGGGAAGCGGACCCGUCCGUCCAGGAAUCUACAGGGUCAUUAACUGCUCCUGCAGCUGGUGGGGGGGGGUCAGCUGCAGCAGCAGCAGACCCAGCAGCACCAGCAGUUGGGUCUGGGUCUGCUCCAGGCGCAGGAUCAGCAGCUGCAGGAGCAUCGCCGUCAGAUACACCCCUGGCUUUAGGAGCUGCAGGAGGAGUUGUUGGGAGUCCGGGGGAGGCAGGGUCGGGGGCAGAUGGACCUUCAGCACAGUUGGACAAGGGGCAAAAGCAGCAGCAGCAGGGAGAGGGGGAGGGGGGGAAGGGGGAGACUGUGGCCAGUAACUUGCCUGUCGUGCCUCCUAAUGUGAUAGAGUACCUGUGGGUGCUUUUUGACACGUGGAUGGACCCUGCGCUCAAGGUAGUUCGCAAGCAUCGGCGGGAAGCCAUCCCCUCCGUCGAUAUCAAUCUGGUGGAGAGCAUGACCCGUCUGUUCCAGGCCCUUUGCAAACCCGUAGGGCCACUCAACCUGGAGGCGGAGGGGGACAUCGCCCAAGCCAUGCUCCACAAGACCUUUGCCUUCUCUCUCAUCUGGACCGUUGGGGCCAAUCUGGAUCACAAAGGGAUGGAACUGUUUGACGAGUUCUUCAGGAGGGAAUGUGAACCCCUUGCUAUAUUACCGGGAAUAGGCAGUGUCUAUGACUAUAGCAUAGACUAUCGACAGCAGCUGUGGGGUUCCUGGGAAGACUUGAUGAGCCCUUUCGUCUAUAAAUCUGAGACCCCCUUCUUCCAGAUGCUGGUGCCCACCAUCGACACCACUAGAUACUCCUUUCUCCUCUCCAUCUACCUCACAGUGCAGAGGCCGGUGCUGUUCGGAGGAGUCACAGGAGUGGGAAAGACUGCCAUCAUCACCGACCUGAUGAAUCGCGACCGGGACACCAAGGGAUAUGUGCCGAUCUUCUUGAACUUCAGCGCACAGACAACAAGCAAAGCCAGCCAGGAGCUGAUCGAGAGCAAGCUGGAGAAGAAACGCAAGACCAAGUACGGUGCGCCCGCAGGGAAGAGGAUCGUGUUAUUUGUCGAUGAUGUCAACAUGCCUGCUCGUGAGAAGUUUGGCGCACAGCCCCCGGUGGAGCUGCUGCGUCAGUUUCUGGACAUGAAGGGGUUUUAUGAUUUGGACAAGCUUUUUUGGAAGGAGGUGGAGGACGUGACCCUCAUAGCCGCCUGUGCACCCCCCGGAGGGGGUCGAAAUGAGGUAACUCCUCGUUUCUUCCGGCAUUUCAGUAUGCUGAGCGUCCCCCCUCCCUCCGACGUUGCACUGCGCACAAUUUUUAAUGCCAUCUUGGGGGGCUUUCUGCAAAUCUUUCCUGCUGAAGUGAAAGGCUUGGCCAAGGUGAUUGUGGAAGCAACUGUCGAGGUGUAUAACCGUCUCUCCCAAGAGCUGCUCCCAACUCCAGCCAAGUCCCACUAUACGUUCAACUUGAGAGAUGUUUCCAAAGUGUUUCAAGGGAUUCUCAUGGUCCGACCAAUAGACUGCGGCAACAAAAAAUCCUUCACGACAUUGUGGAUUCACGAGAACAUGAGAGUAUUUCAUGACAGGCUGAUCAAUGCGGAAGAUAAGAGGUACUUCACAGAGAUGGUGCAUGAACUGAUGAGGAGGUUCCUGGACGAGACCGGAAAUCAUGAUGAUAUCUUUGUCAACCAGUUUAUCCUGUUUGGGGACUUCCUUCGCCCCGGAGCCGUUGGCGAUGAACGUCAUUACGAGCAGCAGGAGGCAGCAGAGGCGGAACGUCAGCGGCUGGCCAAUGAGGCGGCAGCCCAAGCUCAGCGGACUGCUGAGGCUGAUGCAACGGCUCGAGACAGGCGGAAUGCCGCCAACGCUGAGGCCCUAAUUCAGAAUGAGAAUCAAUGGACAACACUCCUCCAAGGCAUGCUUUUUGUGCUUACGGACGAGCAGGCGGCUCCGACACCGGCGGAGGUAGAAAGAAAUAACCUGGCUAAUUUGAUGCUGAGCAUGAUGAAGGCGGUAAUGUGGAGUAACACAAUGAUGCAGGUAAACCUACUCGUGGAGCGACAACUCAGACAGAAGCAGCAACAAGAUACUGCCACCUUAACAACUGUCCUCCACGCCGCAGCAACACAGCAGCAGCAACAACACCAGUUGUUGAACACCACUCUCACACGCGUCAACAACAUCGAGGCUCAGGCCUCAGCAGCGACAGGCUGCACGACAGACACCGCGAAGCAGCUCGGGGAGUGCAUCGACCAUGUCGUCAAUCUGAUCGGCGAACUAGGUGACUUUACCAGUCCGGGCACAAUCAGCCGCACGGUGGCCGCCAUCAAGACGGACAUCACCAAAGUGCAGUCACGACCGGAAGCCGCUACGAAGGCAUACAAGAUGCCACGCUUCAACAUCGGCAAGUUUGACGACUACAACAAGACGGACGCUUUGACAUGGUGGCAAACCUUCCUCACCGAAGCAUCCUGCCACUCUGUACCGGCCGAAGAUAUGAUGAAAGCGCUCUACCUCCAACUCAUUGGAGGAGCACAGGCAUGGAUGAACCAUACCGCGGCCAAUCUGGGAUGCACCAUCGCCCAACUGCACACGCACAUUCCGUGGAAGCAGUUCGAGCAAAUGUGGCACACUCGAUUUAUGGUCCACAACGUCGUAAAGGCGGCCAUGAACGACGUCUACUCCAGCUCGCAAGGGAACAUGCCAACUCGAGACUGGACGAUCAAGUGGCAGAAGAUAGUAACCACUCCAGGCUUCGACUUGAGUUUCCCAAGCCAACAAUCCGAGUUCUUUUCGCAAUCGUGCGCAGGACUGCGGUCAGCACUCGGCAACGAGCACGAUUAUGCCUCAUUCCAGGCCAUUCUGGAUCGUGCGAACCUGGUCAUCCAAACGGAUGACAAGGCCGCCAACGAACGGCAGUCCCAACCGCAAUAUGUGGCUAAGCAAGGCUACCAACGGCCGACGCAUAACAAUGCAGUGGUUCCUGACGAACCAAUCAACCUUCACGCUGCAGCAGCAUCCUCGAGUGAUGGAGUUGUCGCAGCGCUCCCGUCGAAGUGUUCCAAGAGAGUUUGGAAGAACAAGGCGAUACAAGCGACGGCAUCGACGGGAACUGGGCAGCAACCAUGGACGACAUACAACAUUACCAAGGAAGUAUUUGACCUUCGUCAACGCGCUGAUCAUCUGGUGAACUUUCAUGACCGAACCGUUCACAUUCGUGAUAGGAACAGAGUGUUAGUCCCAUGUACGGUCGCGACCCCUCACACGUCGAUUGCUUGUCGCGUGGUUUCCGUUGCGAGGAUUCGCAACGCCAUAGCUCGGAACAACAUCGAGGAGAUGGGCCUUGUUUUCUUACAUGCCCUCCCCUCGCCGGACGGACCAGCCGCGUCACCGCCGGACCCACGCAUUUCUCACCUCUUGGACGAGUAUAGAGACGUUUUUGAGGCUCCCACCGGAACGGUUCCGGAUCGGCCCAUACGUCACGGGAUUACUCUCGAGGCGGGUGUCGUCCCUCCGUGUGGAUGCAUUUACCGCAUGAGCGAAGAGAAACUCGAGGUGCUUCGCGCACAACUCGAUGACCUUCUCGACAAGGGCUGGAUUCGCCCUAGUUGUUCGCCAUACGGUGCACCAGUUCUCUUCGUCCGGAAGAAGAACAAGGACCUACGCCUGUGCAUCGACUAUAGAAAACUUAACGCACAAACCGUAAAGAAUGCCGGCCCUCUCCCCAGGAUUGAUGAUCUCCUCGAGCGGUUGGGCGGCGCGACGUACGUCUCGAAGUUGGACUUGAAGUCGGGUUACCACCAGAUUGAAAUCCAGCCUCAAGACCGGUACAAGACCGCCUUCAAAACGAGGUAUGGGCAUUUUGAGUGGGUCGUGAUGCCAUUUGGACUCACCAAUGCCCCGACAACCUUCCAAGCGGCCAUGACAACGGAGUUCCGAGACUUGCUCGAUCGUACCAUCCUCAUCUACCUCGACGAUAUCUUGGUCUAUAGCAGGACGCUUGACGAGCACCUCGUGAGGGCCGGCUUGUGCUCUCUUUCUUUUACGCCCUUCUUUGGGGUCUUGCAAAAUGCAGCAGGCUUGAUUACCGAUAUGAAGAAGCUGGGUUCUUCGCUGGAGGACUACUUGGCCGACUACAACAUGGCCAACACCAACCAGAUGAAGCUGGUCUUCUUUCGCGACGCGAUUGAUCAUAUAGCCCGCUUGGCGCGAAUUCUGCGUCAACCGCGCGGGCACGCAAUGUUGGUCGGAGUUGGAGGCUCGGGCAAGCAGAGCGUCACGCGUCUCGCUGCCUACAUGGAGGACCACCAGUGCUUUCAGAUCGAGCUCACUCGCAUCUACGGCUCCGUCGAGUUCCGCGAAGAUUUGAAGAAGCUGUAUAGAAUUGCAGGCGUGGUAGGCAAGUGCGUGACCUUCCUGUUCACCGACACACAAAUCGUUGACGAGAGUUUCUUGGAGGAUAUCAAUAACUUGCUGAAUUCCGGUGAAGUCCCUGGAUUGUUUGCUUCUGACGAGAAGGAGAAAAUUAUUCUCGAUGUCCGUCAAUACGUAAUUGACAAAGGAUUGCCAGAAACGAGAGAAGUAAUGUUUGCUACCUUCUUAUGGCGCGCGAGAGAGAAUCUGCACGUGGUGCUAUGCAUGAGUCCAGUCGGAGACACCUUCCGAGCUCGCUGUCGGCAGUUCCCCUCCCUCAUCAACUGUAGCACCAUCGAUUGGUUUAACGAAUGGCCGGAGGAAGCUCUGCUGUCUGUCAGCAAGAACUUUUUGCAGAACUUAGACCUCGGCUCGCCAGAGAUAUGUGAGAAGAUGUCCUUCAUGUGCGUGGAGAUCCACACAACCGUUGGAGAGACGGCAGAAAGGUUUUAUCAGGAAUUGAGGAGGAGGUUCUACACCACACCCAAGAGCUACCUGGACCUCAUCAAUUUGUACAUUCAGCUGUUGGGCGAGAAAAGGACAGAAAUGACGCUCGCGCACGAUCGCUUGCUCAACGGCCUCAACAAACUCAAGGAAACAAAUGAGCUCGUCGACACCAUGAAGGCCGAGUUGAAUGCCUUACAACCCAUCUUAGCAGAGAAGACCGAAGUGACGAACGUGCUUCUGCAACAAGUAACCAAGGAUGAAGAGGCUGCAUCUAAGGCUCGCUUCCCUCGCCCUGCACCCUACCAAUCUCCAUCCUACCUCCUCCCCAUCCCCUCGGUUGCUGCGACCUCUUCUAACGCAGCUCCCGUGCAGCCUGCCGCUGCUUCCCCCGCCGCUCCACCAUGCGGCCCGGGCGUACAGUCAGUUGCGCCUCCUCCUCCAGGACCUGCGCCGACUUAUUCCGCCGUAGCACAGUCCCCUGCUUCUUGUUCCCCUCGCCGUCAAAAUGGUGGCGCACCACUCAUCCGCUUGUCGGACAUUCCCUUGUAUGACGGUACAGGCAUACGCGUGUCUUUCAUAGGUACCACGGCGAUACCACGCACCGAUCCUCCUCCCCCGGAGCCUUCAGUGCCCACACCAUCCCCCUCUAUCACUGUCACCUCGCCUCGGCAGUUCGCUCACUUCAUUCGACAGGACGACGUCACCUUCUUUAUGGUGAACGUGACGGAUCUCUUACACUAUGAUCCACCCUGUCCCGACGCCGAGCUCAUCCCUCUGGAGCCAGAUCCUCCUUCUAUCUCCAUGGCUCCCAUCUCUACUCCCGUCCCCCUGCCGUCCGUCGAGUCCACUCCGUCGUCGCGCGCUGACGCUGACGCUGAGGAACUCGCACGAUAUACGACUGACCUGGAGCCCGCAGUUCGUGAACUCAUCCGAGAGUACCACGACGUUUUCCCAUCGUCGUUCUCGUACGCCGGCAUCCCACCGAUGCGUGACGUCGAGCACUCCAUUCAGCUUGUGCCUGACUAUCGUGCUCACCACCAGGCACCCUACAGACUCUCGAUUCCCGAGGCCACCGAACUCAAGCGUCAGCUUGAGGAGCUCCUGAGACUGGGUUUCAUUGAACCCAGCAACUCCCCGUGGGGUGCACCUGUCCUCUUUGCUCGCAAAGCGGAUGGAACUCUUCGUCUCUGCAUCGACUACCGAGGUCUCAACCGCUACACGGUUAAGAACAACUACCCCAUGCCUCGUUCCGAUGAGUUGUUCGACCGCCUAGCAGGCAACCGCUUCUUUAUGAAGAUUGAUCUUCGUAGCGGUUACCAUCAGAUCCGCGUCGCUGCAGCCGACCAGCCGAAGACCGCGUUCCGAUCGCGCUUCGGCCACUACGAGUUUACGGUGAUGUCAUUCGGCCUCACCAACGCACCCGCCACCUUCCAGAGGGCGAUGAACGACAUCUUCAGGGACAUCCUGGAGCAGUACGUUAUUGUUUACCUCGACGAUAUCCUGGUCUACAGUCGUAUCCUUGAGGAGCACCUCAGACACCUCCGCGACGUUCUUGACCACUUGCGCAGACAUGGCUUCUACGCCAAGCUCAGCAAGUGCCGCUUUGCCCAGCACAAAGUGGACUUCUUAGGACAUUACGUGUCUGACCAAGGUCUCCACAUGGACGACGCGAAGAUCACUGCUAUUGCGGAGUGGCCCACUCCCACAUCCGCCAAGCAGCUUCGCAGCUUCCUAGGCCUGACCAGCUACUAUAGUAACUUCAUCCGGGGAUACGCCAGGUAUUCCUACGUCCUUACCUCCACCCUCCUCAGGAAGAACCCACCCUGGGCUUGGACACCCCUCCACGCGGACGCCUUCUGCGCCCUCAAGAAGGCGGUGACAUGCGCACCGGUUCUUCACCUACCCGAUUUUGAUCGCCCUUUUAUCCUUACCACCGAUGCGUCAGACUUUGCUGUAGGAGCAGUGCUUUCUCAGGUCUUCCCCUCCUCUCCCGAUUCCUCUCAUCCUCGUAUCCCUCGCUUCCCACUACCUACCCCUACCACUGCUUCCCGACUGACGCCUACUCGUCCAGCUACUGACGAGCCCUCUAUUGACUAUUCUCCUACCAUCGCCGAGGACGGCACUGUCGAGUCUCGCUCAGGUGAUUGUCCGAUAGCCUUCUACUCUCGUCAGCUCCUGCCCGCCGAGAUAAACUACACUGCUGAUGAACGUGAGGUUCUCGCAGUAGUUUAUGACGCUCGGCACUGGCGUCACUACCUGCACGGGGUACCAUUCACGGUGCGCACGGAAAACUCUGUUGUCCAGGCUUUUCUGACAAAGUCGAAGCUCACUCCUCGACAGGCUCGCUGGUGGCGCGACCUAUCCGAGUUUAGUUUCACCACUGAGCACAUCAAGGGUGAGACUAAUUGGGUCGCAGAUGCCUUAUCCCGGCGCCCUGACCACGACCAGGAGCACAUCCAGCUCUCUUCCAUCUCGGUCACCACCGUCCACCACUCGGUGAUCGACGAGUUUCGCACUCAGUACCGCCACUGCCCCGACUAUCGCGACAUCCACGCGACACUUCGGAAUGGCAAGACCGUCCCGAACUACUCUCUCGGGGACUACGGUCUUGUGUACUGGCACGGUUCACAGGGCACCAGAGAGCCCCGUAUCUGCGUUCCCUCCACUGGACAGCUACGUGUCCGAGCAGUAGCAGAGUUCCAUGACCAGGUAGCCGCCGGUCAUAUGGGCUUCCACAAGAUGUUGGCUCGUGUAAGCCGCCUGUACGUCUGGCCGAAGCGCAAGGGCUUUGUGAAGGACUACGUCGCAGAGUGUCCCACCUGUUUGGAGGUGAAAGACAAUGUGGCAAGAGAAGAGGCUGAGGUAAAAAAGCAGGCCUCCCAGACCCAGGCCAUCAAGGAUGACGCUCAGAAGGAUCUGGACGAGGCAUUGCCGGCCCUUGAAGCUGCUCUAGAGGCGCUGAACGCCCUGAAUAAGAAUGACAUCACCGAGAUCAAGUCAUUCACCAAGCCUCCCGCCCUUGUGCAAACGACUCUCGAGGCCGUGUGCGUGCUCCUCCAAGAGAAGACAGAUUGGGAUACGGCAAAGAGGAUAAUGGGAGACGUGGGUUUCAUCAAGCGGCUGGUGGAGUUUAACAAGGAUGGCAUAUCGACUGCCACGAUGAAGAAGCUGGCCAAGUACAUUGAAGACCCGCAGUUCACUCCGGAGCUGGUAGCGAAACAAUCGAACGCGGCGAAGAGCCUCUGCAUGUGGGUUCGAGCCAUGGACGUUUACGCAAAAGUCGCAAAAGUUGUCGAGCCGAAACGACAAGUACCUCAAAGGCGAAGCUGGAGCUACGGCGCUGCAGCGUCGGCAAACCUGGCAUGACUCGCAAUAGCGUGUGACAUCAUCGAGAAGGCCGGACCACCAAAAUCGCUCGCGAAGUCGGCCAAUCGUUCGAUUAACUCCAAAGU